CUAAUUGAUGUAACAAUGAGGUCUCUUCUUUAGGGAAGAAUCUAAGGAUGCAGCAACACAAACCUCACUGUUUUGAGGCUGAUUUUUCUGCAGGGUGGAUCUUGAUGUAUGUGGCAGUGAGAAGUGACCAGUCACCGUUGCAAAGCCAGUUGUUUUGUCUGUUGCCCGUUUCAAUAUAUCAACUUAGAUAUUCACUUGUUGAAUUUAUUUGAUUUCACUUUAAACAAGAGUUAUAAGUUUGGCAUGAGCGUUUUACACACAAGAUUCUGGAGUUAUUGAGAACCCCUGUAUUGUAGCUUAGUGUUACUAUUUGCUCAUAUAACUUCUUGGUUGGGUUGGGUUUUGGGUGGAUGCAGAGGUGAAGCAUCCCUGCUUGCUUUGGUGCCCGUAGUAGGGCAGGCAACUCCCAUUAGCAUGCGGAUUUAAUUAUGCUGCCCUCCCCUUUGUCAUGUCCCAAGUUCAUACAAGAUAACAUCUCAAGAUUUUGGAAGCCCUUUUCAGUGGACUGGCUCUGUAAGAGCCUUACUGUGCAUACUUCUGCAUCGUGAGGGCAGUACUAAUGCUGAGACGUAAAGUUGUGUAGGAAAGGCAUUAGAACAAAGGAUUUGGGGAAUACAAAAGGGAUCAGAUGAAGCACCUAGGAAGGCCUGCUUUCUGAGUGGCCUGCUAUUCGAGAUGUAGUUAAUGGUGUUUGCUCCCGAAUUCAGUGUUGUUCAGAGUGAGUACAGCACUGAAAACAAACAACUAUGAAGCAAGUUGACGGUUUGUUUUUCUUGGGUCUCUCAGUUCUGGAGUCCAGUUUUCGAUGGUAGGUGGCUGCAGAUGAGGCUGCUCCUUGGUGCUGAUUUGCCCAAAAUUAAAUUAAAGGAUAGUGGCUUUUUAAAGUUCAUUUACUUAUAGGAGUAGAUGUUACAGGAGUUAAUGGCUGUAUUCAUUAAAUCCCUAUGUCUACGAAUGAAGCCAAGGUGAGAAUAAUGAAGGAUCCAAUAGAACUCUUACCUUCUUAUAACUUUGGCUGAUUUUUGUCCUUGACAUGAUUGAAGCUACUGUCUUGUAUGGCAGUAACGCGUUAAUUUCCCUUCUACAAAAGAAAAAGACAUUAAUGCAUACCAAGGUCUGUCAUGAAUGCCUGAGCCUGUUCCCUGUGCUGCUUCCUAUGCUCCACCCAAACUUAUGUGCAUGGGUUGUGUUCUUUACCUGCUGUCAACUCUUGCCUAUCCAACUUGCCAACAGUGGGGCUACUAUUGGGUUAUUCUGCUGUCUGUCUUUACCCAAACUGUCUUUGUUUGAGACCUCUGUAACCAGCUUCCACUGGGGCUAAUGGUAAUGGGUACCCUCUUGUGGAGGAACAGCUGGAGAACCCAUGCUUCUCUGUAGCUCUGAGCUGUGCUGUAUGUGUACGUUGCAAAGUUUGUACACGGCCUUCUGAGGCGCAUUCUGGUGCUCAUGACCAAGGAAGGUUGGAACUACUGUAGCACAGAGAGAGAGCCCCUCAAACCCUUCUGUUUCAUUCGGGUUCCCCUGCUCUUGUGGCCCCCCGGGCAGCCUCCCAAAUGGAUGGCAAAGGCUGUGGGAGGGCUGUUAAAAUUUCUUCCAAGUGAACACUGGAGUAGUUGUUAGCCUGCAAAUAAAAGCUGCUUAUGCCUAAAUACGUGAAACAAGAGACAAUCACAAUCAGUUGUCAUUAGUAACAAAUAAUAAUUUUGGAUUUCACAUAAAGUGGUUGUGUUUUUUUGCUUCCCAGCCUAGUACAUAACUGUGAUGGCAGUUGAAGAUCUUUCCAUGUGUCAGAGCCAUGUGUAUUAGUCAAAAUGCUCCUGGAUUUCUUCUCUCGUGUUUAUUAUAGAGAGGUGGUGAGUUCUGUCCUGUCUAAAAAGGCAGAUAUAUUAACAAGUGGUCUCUUAAUUCCUCUGUUUCUCAUUAAAAAAAAAAAAAAGUAACUACCACAGAAGAACUUACCUACUGACUUCUGGGUGCUAUGAGCAAAGAUGUUUAUUAUGGACUGCUGUUACUUUUGAGCUGUGCUUGGCAGAAUAGGUUAUGCCUCAGUUCAUGCUUCUAAAAAUGGGCAUUUACACUAAUAGGUAGUCUUGACUAGUAGGAACUUGACUAGAUUCAAUGCAUCAAGUUAUUUCUUUGACAUUCUUACAGUAGUUGCUGUGUGAACCAGCAGGUGUCCCUGAAAGGUUUGUGCCGUUACUGAAAGCGCAGUGGCCUAACUGGAACUGUAGCUGUGUUGUGUCAACUUUACUGUGGUGCCCCUAGCUGAAGUUAUGUGUCUGUUUUACAUGUGUUAUAACUAUCUUAGAACCCUGUUUUGCUUCGUUCCUGCAAUGUGGAGUGACCUACUGAUGAGUGUCAUGCACCAGAAGCAUUUGAAAGAAGUGGAAUUUUUUGGCCUGCUGUAGGCAGAUUGUGUUAUUUCAUCAGUUUAUCUGAACAAGGCUUUUUAGCCUGAAAGAAAAGAAACAAACACCAGCAACAACAACAACAAAAAAAAAACAAGAAACACACACACUUGUUUUCAGUGUGAAAGGAAUAACUUGGAUCUAGUUUUAUUCUGGUACUUGCUAGGUACGGCAGGCUUACCUCCUGCAGGUGUGUACAUCUAGUUUAGCUGUUCAAAAAAGGGCUUUCUCUUAAUGCUCAUUGAGGCAGGCUCUGAGCCUGUACAGCUUCACCUCAUGUACUCUCUUUGGGGAAUUAAAUAGAUGUGACUUAGUCUUGCUUCUGGCUGUUUUCCCUGAGGGUGGACUCUGGUAUCACGUAGUGCUGCCAUGGGCUGUGACAGAAAUUUCAAGGAAACGUUUAUCUACAAAGUAAUUGUGUUUGCAUGGAGCUCUUGUCCAUUUCAUCAGGGCUGUGAGGGUACAGCCCUCUUCAGUGAAGCACGUGCUCAGUGUGGUCACGCUAAAAGUAGCAAGUGCACUUAUGAUGCAUAGUUAGACAUGUGUAUAUAUAUAUGCUUACGUAUGCACACACACAUAGAAAUAAUAAAUAUAUAAAUAAUGUCAUGAUUUCAAGAUACUUGUGAAUAGAUCAAGGAGUAUUUUAGCCACUUCUUAUUAGUAGUGCUUAGAAAGCCCAGUAGUUUGACUGCUUAUGGACCUCUAGGUUAGAACUGUGUUAAAAUAGAUAUGAUAAAUACAUCUUUGGGUUUGUGAUUCCACUGUUUUUGGAAGAGCCACCUGGUAUUUGUAACCAGUAACUAGCUGCUGCGGUGUUGAGAAGAUGUUUCCAGUUACAGGACAGCCCAUUGUGCUCGUGGUUUGUAGGUGGUGCUGCAGCAAAGUCUGUCCUGUAAUUUUCUCAGAUCUGUUGUUGAGUAGGUCCCUGUUCAGUGAGUUUGUAGGUAGGCUUUUCUGAAGCACCUCUUCUCCAUUGCUUGGUGAGUCAGCUGGCAUGCUUGCUUCAAGGCAGGGCUAAAAGUAAGAGGUUUUAUGGUGUGAUGCUGUGCUGGUUCACAUCUGAGAUAGCUGUGGUCUUCGUGAUUGAGGUGUCUUACCCCUUCCCUCUUGUAUCGGUUUUAAUUGCUUUGUGCAAAUCAAAGUUUUCUUGGCUUAAUUAGACAAAUCUAACCUCCGUCACCUCCUGGAUGCUUCUGCUUUCGAUCGGUUGCCUCAUUUUUCUGCAUGGAGGUGGUUUAAUGCUAAAACAGAGAUAUAUCCCUAUUUAGAUCUAGAGGAAGGUUAGUUGGAAACAUCUAGGCUGUUCACAUGUAGAUAAAUGAAUGUGUCUUCCUUAUAGAAAAUGUUGGCUAUUGGUCUUGUUCCUAAUCCAGCUGUGGGGUUUUUGGGGGGGCUGAAGAAAAGAUCUGAUAAACAGUUUGUUUAUUUAAAUGCUAACCUCUUUGCACUGUAUUAAGAGGAUGAUGUCAUUAGCACAAGUGUAUGUGUUUUGAAGCAGAUGGCGUCUAUUAAAUCAGCAGUGUUGGAAAUUCUGGGCUCUCAUGCACUGGGUUUGUAGGCAGCAAGCAGAACCUGGAGCAGGAGAGCUUUGGAGAGGGGCUGUGAGCCCAGGAUCCACCUCGGCUGUGUGGUGGGGUCAGAGCUCUGACAUCAUGCCGGCCAUGUUUGUACCUAAACCUUGGAACUGUUCUUCUAUUUUGUUUCGCUAAUAAGACUUUGAGUGGCAAUGAUGGAUAAUUUGCCACAGCGUAUCACAGUUACAGAAGUAUACAUGAACAAAAUGGCAGCUGGGAUGGGUGUGAGUGCUGUGGGCUGCUGCCCGGUGCAGGACCGGGCCCUACGGGGGUCCACCUGCCCUUGCUUCAGUGUGGUGACAGGGAUCAGCCACAGCAGGAAAGGAGCUCUGCAGAGCCUGGCUGCUGUGGCCGAUGUGGGGCAGCAUCAUCCCAGGGGGGCUCCUGGCCUCAGUGAUGGGGCUCCCGGCGUGCAGGUGGGGGGAGGCAGCAGCACGUGUGGAGAUGGGCCCUGAGAUGGAUUGGACACCUCCCAGAAGAACCCUGCUUUCAUCGUGUUUGGCACCAGCAUCGUGAUAGAUUGAGCUCUUCCAGAUGGAUUGAAUCUUCUGUGCUGAAUGCCUCCAGGUUUUUCUGUUGGAUUUCCCAUCUGGAGAAACAAUUGAGCUUGGAGCCACUGUGGCAGACUGAAUUGUGGAUCCUAAGGCUUCAGAUCUUGGGGAGACAUUAACCUGACACACGUUAACCUGACAUCACAGCCACAAUGGUGCUCUCACAAAGGCAAAGAGAUGAACUAAAUCGAGCAAUAGCAGAUUACCUUCGCUCUAAUGGCUAUGAAGAGGCAUAUUCGGUUUUUAAAAAGGAAGCUGAGUUAGAUGUGAAUGAAGAGUUAGAUAAGAAGUAUGCCGGACUUCUGGAGAAGAAAUGGACAUCAGUUAUAAGAUUACAAAAGAAGGUAAUGGAAUUAGAAUCGAAGCUGAAUGAAGCUAAAGAAGAAUUUACAUCAGGUGGACCUCUUGGUCAGAAACGAGACCCUAAGGAGUGGAUCCCUCGUCCUCCAGAGAAGUAUGCUUUGAGUGGACACAGGAGUCCUGUCACUCGAGUAAUUUUCCAUCCGGUUUUCAGUGUAAUGGUUUCUGCUUCAGAGGAUGCCACAAUAAAGGUGUGGGAUUAUGAGACAGGAGACUUCGAACGAACCCUUAAGGGGCAUACAGACUCUGUGCAAGAUAUUUCUUUUGACCACACUGGCAAACUGUUGGCCUCCUGUUCUGCUGAUAUGACCAUUAAGCUAUGGGAUUUCCAGGGCUUUGAGUGCAUCAGAACUAUGCAUGGCCAUGAUCAUAAUGUUUCUUCGGUAGCCAUCAUGCCCAAUGGAGAUCAUAUAGUUUCUGCCUCGAGGGAUAGAACUAUCAAAAUGUGGGAAGUCCAGACAGGUUACUGUGUGAAGACUUUCACGGGUCACAGAGAAUGGGUGCGCAUGGUGCGGCCUAACCAGGAUGGCACCUUAAUUGCCAGUUGUUCUAAUGACCAGACGGUGCGUGUUUGGGUGGUAGCAACAAAGGAAUGCAAAGCUGAGCUCCGAGAACAUGAGCAUGUGGUAGAAUGCAUUUCCUGGGCUCCCGAGAGCUCGUACUCCACCAUAUCAGAAGCUACAGGAUCAGAGACUAAGAAGAGUGGUAAACCUGGGCCUUUUCUGCUGUCUGGAUCCAGAGACAAGACCAUAAAGAUGUGGGACAUCAGCACUGGCAUGUGCCUUAUGACACUUGUGGGCCAUGAUAACUGGGUACGUGGCGUUCUGUUCCAUUCUGGGGGAAAGUUUAUUUUGAGCUGUGCUGAUGACAAGACUCUACGUGUCUGGGACUUCAAGAACAAACGAUGCAUGAAAACCCUCAAUGCGCACGAACACUUUGUUACCUCUUUGGAUUUCCACAAGACGGCACCAUAUGUGGUUACUGGAAGUGUAGAUCAAACAGUAAAAGUGUGGGAGUGCCGUUGAUUGAUUUCACAUUUGACCCCUUUCUCCUCUGGAUGCACUCAGAUACCAUGGUUACCCAUUGAGCUCUGUUUAAAUAAAUAUUGUCCUUUCAUGUAAAUUAUUCUGGAUGUAGAUUGAGCUUAUUAAAUGUUACACACAAAGUAUUCAUGCAUGGUGAAUCCAAAUUGUAUACUGUAAAUUUACAUACGUUGUCUAGAAGUACCAUAGGUUUAAGAACAUGGGCUGGCAUUGGUCACAUCAGACCUAAGAAGGCAGAAGUUUGAUGAUUGAAAUAGGGCACUUAACUGAAUAGUUGACAGUGUCGUUCUGUGUCGGAUAAUUAUACCUGUUUUUCUUUCUGCUGUCUGUUGGUGCCUGAAUUGGUGACCUCAUUUGGGAAAGGUUUUGUAGGGCUCUUUCAGAAAUGUGUAUCUAUGUAACAUCACUUAAGUGUGCUUAAUAAAUCUUCUCUAAGAGUACUAGAUAAUAAGGCUGCAAGUCAGAAUCUUCUGAACCUUAUAUGUAAUUAAUGGAAAUGAAUUAAACUUUGGAACAUUUGUCAUGAAACAUUUGCCAAAUCAACAGAAUACACUUUGUUUUGGCCUCCUAUCGCGCAAGGGUUGGUAUAUUUAUAUGACUAACUGUAAACCUGAAAUAAGACAACAAAUCCUAGUAGCAGCUGAUGUGAUAAAUGUAUUUAUUUUUUAUUUGGUCAUUCAGUGGUUAAACUGUGCUGUUAAACUAAGUUUAAAUGUGGUUUUUUUUUUCAGUUUUUUUUUAUUGCUGUUUGAACUUCCAGGAGGAGUUGUCCAUCCCACUAGCAUUUAGUGAUCUGAUUUCCAAUAGAGCUGAAUCUCCCCAAUGACUGCCGUGGUACAACUUGCUAUUUGCUUUCACUGUUUGUUAGAGAUGUGCAAUUCCUAUUACACGACAGUAUCCAAGUACACUUCCCUUACGUUGGCGGGCAGGAGGUUGGGAUAUACGAAGCUCUCGGUUUCUUUAAUGCCUCCUUGGGAACCCUUUUGAAUAUGAGGUAAUAUCCACCUUGACAAGGCAGUGUGGCUUAAAUAAAAACUUACUGUGGCUUGCGUAUGAAGAAAUAUCUCUGGGUAUGGCAUUGAAAGGCUUUAAAGAAAGCACUAAAUACCUUGAGCAUCAGAUUGUAAUGGCAGAUACAAAUUGAUACUGGAAGUGCUGUCAGCAAAACGGAGCCCGGCUGGGGGAAUUAUGCUGUCAAGUGAGCAACUAGAAACCAAAUCCUAUCUACAAAAAGCAGCCCAGCUUGGUCAUUGGUGUUUUGCCUUGUCGGGUAGAGUCAGUUUUUAAUUUGCAUAUCCCUGGAGUUACAUACUUUGGUUGAAGUGACAGAAAAUACAAAUUAAUGUUUUAAUCAGCAUUCAGUGACAAAUUCCGUUAGAGAGAACUAAGAACUCCCGUACUUACUGAACUAACCACGUCUUUUAAAACGUCCCUUUAAAAUUUCCGCUAUGAUGAAACACUGGUCUGACAUUUUAACAGGUGAAGUUGUGCUUUUUUACUCAUGUUGUUUAAUACAUGGCUUUUAAAACUGUCCCUUUUAAAAGUAUCGGUCCGAGGUGUGUGGGAUGCGGUGUUGAUUUCCUACAGUUGCCCCAGGAGGACCUGUGUUGUGCAGGCAGAGCCCAGUUUGCUGCUGUGCAGAGCUGCCCCUGGAAGCGGUGAGGAAAUGGGGCUCUGAUGUGUGGGGUUUGGAGCCAGUGUAAGGUUCAGGCCAUCCUCUCAAAUCCAGUGGCUUCUGUCUUUCCCAGUGUGUGUUCCUGCAUUAGGCAUGCAGAGAUAAAGCAUUUUUAUCUUCAUUAGCUGCGCGGACUGGAAGAAUGUGCUGCUGUGUGCUGUUCAGGAACUCAGGUACACAGCAGCACAUCUUAAAGUUCCUCAGCGCACUGCAGUGGUGAAGGAGUCGGUCAGUUCAGCUCCCGAAAGAGCCCAGAAACUUGAUUUAAGUAUGAAAACCACACUUGUGUACAUAAUUCAUAAACAUGACUGAGAAACUAAAGGUACCUAUUAAGUGGAAACUGCCUGCUGCGUUUUUCGCUGUAGCAUAGGGCUGUUUGCAGGAGGAAAGAACUAACGAACAUAAAGCAGCGUUUAAUUGCUUGUGCGAAGCGCCCUGCGAGUAUUUCUGCAAUGCAAUUUGCAGCCUUCUCCUUUAAUGAGCAGUGAAUAAUCUCAGGGAUGGUCCUGAACGGAUCAAAAGUGAAAGCCCUGUUUAGACAAAAACAAAACCCGAGCCCACAAGGCAGGAGGUGGGGUUGUGAGGCUCUUCUGCAGUGUUGCUCCGUGGUGUUACGCUGUGUUGAACUUUUCCACUGUUUGCGGUGUUCUGUCAGCUGCCUGAUGCUGUGCCUUUCCUGUGAUAUGCCGAGGCUACUGGUCUGGUUUGCAAACUGUUGGGGGUUGAAGAGGUGUACUGCUACUUUGUCACUCUGUUCUGGCAUUGCUUAAAAAACACCUGCAUCCAAACCAUGCUACACACAGUCCGUACAGACUGCUGCUUGGCUUAACAGACAGACAUUCCAGUGCCACACUCAUGUAACGUGCCCAGGAAGUCUUAGAUGUGUUCUCGAAAGUGCAACGUUUAUUGUGGUUCAGACGUGAUCUGGAGGUGAUGUUUUAUCGCAUCUUGCACUUUAGAAGACUUAAGAAAACCGUCCUGCUUUUGUGUGUGGUGUGACCAAUGGUGCGCCCGGGCACCGAGCAGAGGCAGCCGGAGCUCAGUGGGCUGUGCUGGGCUGCGUGGUGCUGGGGAGCUGUGGCUGCCGUCGCACCGCGUCUCCUGCCGUCAGCACUGCUGCUCUGCGCUCCCCUGUCUUUACGUGAGCUGCCUGACACUAGCACUCUUAAAUGGCUUUUGCCUCGCGUGAAAGCUAUUUAAAAGAAAAAGAGACUUUGUUCGUUUUUUUUCCUUUUCUGUAGACAGUGGUGGCUUGAUAAUCCUUUUAAUGAUUUGAAUAUAAAGAAAAGAUACUAAGUUGAGUGAAGGGAAAACGCACUUAGAAUGAGUUAUUUGCUGUCCAACUGUACGUUAAGUCCAGUGCAUUUAAAAAAAGAAGUCAAUAGAAUCUUCUAGCAAAGAAUGCGUGCAUAAAAUGGUAGGGAUAAAGAUGUUAGGAGUGGGGAAGGUUGGGGUGGAUGUCCGAGUCACACCUGGGCUCAACUGGCCUUUCUAUCUUUUCACUGUGUCACGUAAGUAGCUGCUUUUUGUCCUGCCUGGCGCUCAGGCUUCCCCAGACUCACCCUGAAGAUAACUUAGCGACACUUAGGAGCUGGUCCUGACAUUGGCCUGAAGGCAAGCGCUGAUUUUUUUCCAUAAAGAUGAUGUUACAGGUUGCAAUUGGAGAAAACAGUUCCCAGACUGUAGGAGUUAACUAAAGAUAUUGACACGAUUUAAAAAAAAAAAAAAAAAAAAAACAACAACAAAAAAUAGUAAAGGAAUGUAUAUAAUACUGCUCUGUGUUUUACAGUAAGAUUUGUUGCUCUCAGACUGUGUAAAACAAAAUUUAUUCAUGUUUUCUGCAUAUUAAAAAAAUCUUAUUGUACCAAUUGGUAAACUAUUAAAUGCAUAUAAAACUAGACCUGUUUUCGUUUCCUUGGAUGCAGAAGUUAGAAUGUUGAACCAGUGCUGCUGCUGCACGCCUGCUCUGCUGCCCUGCUUCAGCCCAGGCGGUGCUGCAGGCGGGGGGCGCGCAGCGCUGUGCCAGGGCUCUGCUGCCGAGCGCCGCAGUCAGGUGUUGUGAGGAUGGACGCUGACUUCGGAAGCUGCUUUCAUGGGUGGCCAGCAGCGCUGCUGGCUUUCAUGCUGAGCAGGGCUGGGCUCCUGCUCCCGCCCGGCGCACAGCAGCGAUGGGGCUCAGCGUGCGGCCCCUGCAACUUUCCUUGCCGGUGUUGUUCAGAAAAGCGCUGUGAGCGCGGCUGAGGCGGCGGCGCGGGGCGGCCCUGCUGGUGAGCUGCAGCCGCUGCGUGCUUUUCCCGCUGCGCUGCUCUCCUUGGCUCGAGUGCUGCCUACGAAGGGCAGUGGGCGCGUUUUGUCACUGACAGAAGCACAAGGAAGUGCUGACCUCACUGCGGGGAGAGCGAACGCAGCGCUCUGCAGCUUCGUUUUGUGCAAGCUGAGGGCUGCGGGGGCAGCGCUGGGGGGGAGCCCCAAGGAGCAGAGAUGUGCCAGCCCAGAGGCAGCACGAGGCACAUCGCCGCGUGUGGCUGCCAGGCGUGGGAUGGGGAAGAAUUCCCUCUUUCCCUUCGUCUCCUGAUUGGUACAAAAGGGGCUCAGGAGAAAAAAGUGAUGCAUUGCAGGAGAGGGCUGCGCUGCAACCGCGUGCUGCUGCCAGCAGGCAGGCCAUUAUCCAGCUCUGGGAUGGCAAAGAAACCGAUAGCGUUCAGAUUAGUUUCAAAAGCUUUUAAUGGACUAAAACACACUAGUGAAAGAAGAUUCUUGUAGGAAAGAUGCACUGUAGUCAUUUAUUGAUUGCUUUCCAUGGAACUCAGAUUUUUCCUAUAGGAGCAAGUUCUUUUGCAGAAGCCUCCUCCUGCUUCACCCCUAAUGCCUCAGCGCUGCGCCCACCUCGCCUUGCUCCCCUCACAAAUACCUGCCGUGCUGUACAGGAACCCGAGGUACAGAGCACAGUGACAGCACUUGUUUCUCCAGAAGGUCAGUAAAAGAAGCGAUGCAAAUUAGCACAGAGUACUUAGCUGUGACAGACAGAAUGAGAGCCUGGGCUCCUCUGCCAGCACAGUGCAGGGUGCGUUAGCAACCACAAGUUGCUCUACAGCUCGAUCCGUUGGGGAAAAAGGACAUUCUGCUCCGUCGGCAUCCCAGGGCCUGCAGAGGUGAACUCUGACCUGCUGCGUGACCGGCGCUGCCGGGAGCCUGCAUCGAGAGUGACGAUGGGAUGUGCGUGGUGCAGAAGGGGAAAUACAGACAUACUCAUUUAAAAGCAACAUCCAUUGCCAGCAAUGGAAACUCCCCUGGGGACAAUCUCAAGCCCAGUGUGCAAAGAUACUCGUUACCAAGAUAAUGGCCACAGGUUUCAGUGCUGGGAGAGACCGCUGCCCCACCCCAAAGCCCAGCAAUUUCAGGCUGUGUGACACUUGUGAUUCCAAUUCAGUUACAUUUGGCAAUGGGGGUUACAGCGAUGAGCUCUGAGUUACGGUUAUUUCAGAUAAGAUCAAGUCCCCAUUUCUGACUUCUCCUCCCCUGUUCUCCCCUCUGUUAAUAGGGCCACUGUUAGCCCCUCUCUCAGACCUUGGAUGCUGCCAUUACCAGUCUCUCCCAGGCACUUAGGUUUCCGCUGGAAUGGAAGUUUGUGCGCUUUGAACAUCAAGACCCAGCCCUCACUCUUUGGGUACAGUAUCCUGUUACUCAGCUGCAAGCAGAGCAGAGGUGGAACUGUGAGUAUCAUAUAUAUAUUUAUAUAUAUUUAUAUAUAUAUAUAUUUAUCUCUGUAUCUUGACAAUUAGAACAUGAAUGUUACAAAAACAAAAACAAACAAAAAAAAAAACC